AUGCCGGAGCCCCCAAAGAACACACCACAGCAAGCACACCACAGCACACCACAGCACACCACAGCACACCACAGCAAGCACACCACAGCAAGCACACCACAGCAAGCACACCACAGCACACCACAGCAAGCACACCACAGCCCACCACAGCACACCACAAAACAGCACACCACAGCACACCACAGCACACCACAGCAAGCACACCACAGCAAGCACACCACAGCAAGCACACCACAGCAAGCACACCACAGCACACCACAGCAAGCACACCACAGCAAGCACACCACAGCAAGCACACCACAGCAAGCACACCACAGCCCACCACAGCACACCACAAAACAGCACACCACAGCACACCACAGCACACCACAGCACACCACAGCAAGCACACCACAGCACACCACAGCAAGCACACCACAGCACACCACAGUAAGCACACCACAGCACACCACAGCAAGCACACCACAGCAAGCACACCACAGCAAUCACACCACAGCACACCACAGCAAGCACACCACAGCACACCACAUAUACAACACAACUACUCAUUAA